AUGGCGUUGGCGUUCGCCGUGGCACUGACGUCGCUGGUCGCCGCCGACGGCCACGGCGGCGGCCACAAGAAGGUGGUCAUCCACGUGCCUCUGUUCGUCAAGCACCACCACCACAAGCACACCAUCGUGAAGCACGUGCACCACAAGAGCGGCGGCGGCGGCGGCGACGACCAUUACGAGGUCCUCGGCUACACUUACGGCGAGCCGAAGCAAGCGCCACACUUCGGCGGUGGUCAUGGAUGGGGUGCGGCUGAUGAGGGCCAUGGACACGAGGACUCUCCAGUGAGUUUCGAUGGCGGUGACCACGGCAGCUACGGCCUCUCGAGCUCCGGUGCCGACUUCAGUGAACAUAGCCAU